AUGAGCGCCCAAAGCAGCAACCAGAACUUCAAGUUGGAGAAUCUCUUCAACGUCAAGGGCAAGGUGGCCCUGAUCACCGGCGGUGGAUCCGGCAUUGGCCUCAUGGCCACGCAAGCGCUAGCCGUCAACGGUGCAAAAGUAUACAUCACCGGACGUACAGGCGAGAAACUCGACCGCGUCGUCGAGCUCUACGGCCAGGAUAUCCCGGGCCAAAUCAUCCCGAUCACAGCAGAUGUGACGGACAAGCAAUCCGUCGACAAGCUGGCGCAGGAAAUCUCUUCGCGGGAGCAGUUCCUCUCGAUCCUGAUCAACAACGCAGGAAUCAGCAGCCAGACGCAGACGACGGAGCACGAGGACGCGAACAAGCUGCGCCAGAGCCUGUUCGAAGAGACGGCGGACGUGGCAGAAUGGGACCGCGUAUUCCGGACAAAUGUCACGCAGCUGUUCCUGACCACGACGGCCUUCCUGCCGUUGCUGCAGAAGGGAUCGGAGCAGGAGCGCGGCUGGUCCAGCACUGUUAUCAACAUCUCGUCCAUCUCGGGUAUUGUGAAGGUCUCGCAGCACCAUUUCGCCUAUAAUGCGUCCAAGGCGGCUGCGAUUCAUCUGACGAAGAUGCUAGCGCACGAGGUGCAGUCUUCGAACCUGCGGAUUCGGGUGAAUAACAUCGCGCCGGGCGUGUUCCCGAGCGAGAUGACGACCGGUGGAAGCGACGAAGGGCAGAAGAGUGCAAUUCCCAAGGAAAAGUACGAGCAGAAGGUGCCUGCCGCUCGACCGGGCAAGGAAGAGGACAUGGCAAGUACGGUGCUUUUCACGACUACGAACCAGUACCUGGAUGGGCAGACGAUCGUGGUGGACGGAGGAUAUGUGUUGGCAGCGGGCUCGCUCUAG